GUAUUGCAAAACCGACAGUUGUGUCUUCUAUUCUCUCUCUUCCCCUAACCAGCCACCAUUGCAAAAUGUACGUGCAUGUCUGUUACACGGAGCCCCUGAAGAGACUAUCGCCACAGUAGUCAGUGAUCAUCGGUGGUCAUCGUUGGAUAUACCAGGGGCUAAAUCAUAUAUAUCAACUGACUAAAUCAUCUCUCAUCACCUAAAAACAGAGUUAAAAUGCAAAAAUACAUGUCGAAGAUAAUAAAAUUUAUCCCCCAAUAAUAAAUACCUAUUCAGUAAUUGAAAUUCAGGCAUCUACUCCACAAUUCUGCAAAAGAAAUUUUCUACAGAUGGCUGACCACGUAAUCGAGAGUAUGAAAUACCUGAUGACAUCAUGCCUCACAGCCCUAGCUCAGAUGUCCAUGGGUCAAGUAUUACUUCGUGUUCUGGAUCGAACGUUGUGGAUCGUGGAAAAGUCAGCGCAGUGGAGCCUUCCCUGCCACGAAUCACCCAUUGAGGAAAAUGGAAAAUCCUUCCACAGCAUGGAACUCGUGAGACCUCUUCCCUGGGUGCUCUUCCUUCCAUGGCUGAUCCUCCUCCGCUUAUCAAGAUUAACAUGGAAUCUUGGGGGUGUAAUUCUCGGUUAUCCGACGAUCGAUCCCAGUGACAUUGUCAGGUACGUUCAGAAAACUCGAAGGCGUCUAAGAACAAUCAAAACCAACGGGAUCAAGACCCUCAGGCAAAAACGCAUCGCUAAUAAUCGUCCCUUGGAGAAGAGUCUCCAAGAAGCGAACAGGAGCCUGAUUAAAUCCAUUCAAUUAACCCUGUCCAGUCUUUCGUGUCUUGAUACCUCAAAGUCGAAUCACUCGCCUCCAUCGACCAGGAUUCAAGUUAGCGUUAAUGAUGAAAUGGAAAAUUUCACGCGUGAUGAAGAAUAUUUCCAUGUCCCACAGUCAACAACUCCCGAUGAAAAAUCUGCCACCGAAUCAACAAUUGUGGACCAGAAGAGGAAGUACACCCAGAUAAGUUCGGAUGAUCAAGAGUCUGAUGAAUCAGAGGAGGAGACCCUCAACUCGAAGAUCGAGCGUUUAGCACGUGAGAACAGUUUUGACGAUCGUGACUUCCAACCUGGGGACAGUUCUGAAACGAGUGAAUCGAGCCAAACAGAUUUGGAGGAUGAGGAGAAAAUUAUCUCGCAGCAUGAAGUGGAAGGUUUAUUGCAGGAAAAUAAUGCACUUUUGGAUGAAUACAAACUUCGGUCUUCUAACGCUAUCCUGAAGACCAAUUCAGUAAAGGAUACUCAGAGCACGUGUCCCACCGACAAUGAAAAAAAUCCAGAGAUCGAACUUGCUGAGGAGCAACCAGAUUAUUUCUCCCCACAGAGUGGAGACGAUGGAGAUACUGCUUUUUACUCACCAAUCAGCUCCAAGAGCUCGAGCCCAGAGAGGGCUUUACCCACUUUUCAAGGACACCAAGGCGGAUGCGAAUUGAAGGGGAUAAAUGAUGUGAAGAAUAAUUAUUCGGAUGGGAAAAUUGUAGAGAAAAGCAAUGGACACGUGGAAAAAAGUGGAUCGAGUCAGACAUCAAAUUCAAAUAAAUGCGCACUAAAAUUCCAGAGUAAAUCGCAUCAUAAAGGAAAAAGAAUGACCCACGGCUCUCGCAAGAAGAAAUAAUGACCCACAUAAAAAUAUUAAAUACCUCUCUGAGAGGAAAAUUAAUUAUCCCAUUUCAUCUGGCACCUCAUUUUUAAUCCCAUUCCAUUAUCUAUUAUUUUUUUAGUAACCAUUGAUAUUUUUUUCUACAAAUUCUUUAUUGUUAUCGUAGACUUAGUACGUAAUCUAUUUAUAAAAAUUAUCAUUCAUAAUACAUCACGAUUACACGAUUAUAAUUGUUACACAUAAAUUAGUGGCUUAGAUCAAUAAAUUAUUUAAGUGAUAACAGAAA